GGUGCUAUCUCCUUCAUCCACGGCAACACGGUGAACAAGUUUAACCCUGACGACUUCUUCAGUUACCAUUGGGUGGACGACCAUAUCAAUGUGGCCGCGGACGUGGGGUCCAAUUGCAUGGACAUGGAACAGUCUCUGCGUCACGCAAUGCUGACUAUCCUUGGCCCUUCCGCUAUCAAGGAGGACAAGUUCUCUGGUUGGUGCACGAAACAGAAGGCGCUUGGUUUGAUUUUCGAUUCCGCCGCUGGGGUGGUGUCGAUGCCCGCCGACAAAGUCGCAAAAGCUCAGCGUAUUGUGCGUGCUGCUCUUGGAUGCACCUCCAUGAGCCGGACGUCAUACCGUUCGCUGUUAGGGAGUCUCCGUCACGUGGCGACAUGCAUCCGCCCGGCCCGAGCCUUCCUGCAACGCCUGCGGCAGCACGAACGCUACAUGCACCGUUGGCAAUCGGUUCCGGUGAACAAUGAAAUGCGUGACGACCUACAUUGGUGGCUUCGUAUCCUGGCCACGACAUCACUCAACGGCGUCCCGCUAGAAUACUUCAACAUGCUUCCAGAAGCCAGUAUUAUCGUCGAGAUGGAUGCCUCCGACUCGAGCUUAUACGCCAUCAUCCGUGCUGAGAAGCGCGCGCUGACGUACCAGUGCAACGAGAUCGAGCGGAAGCUGAUAGAGGAGACCAAGAAUGUACCCGCCGUCGGGUUUGACAUUAACUACCGGGAGAUUCUAUCUUGUGCGUUCGCGGUUCACACAUGGGGUUCAUCGUGGGCAGCGCGCAGUCAGACCACAAACACCGGAAUCCCGCUACACGUACACUUCCGCAUCGAUAAUACGUCGGCAGUAAGUUGGCAAUCCAAGCUGGCCUCCGGCAACCGCCGUGCUCAGACGGUCAUUCGACUGCUUUCGCUAUGGGAAGUGGAGCACAAUCUACGGUUCUCGUCAUCACACAUCGCCGGGGUGGACAACACUGUCGCGGACGCGGGCUCACGCAUGUCUAACAAUUCUUUGAGUGCUAACAUAUUUGCGCCUCUGACUCCUGCCCACUCCGUCCCUGUAACUACCUAUGAUCAGUACCUCAAGUCGCUACGCAAGUGGUUUAGUUGGUGCGAGCGCAGCGGCAUCUCCCCAACCUUCGAGAACGAGACGCUAUCAGCCAGCGUCCAACACAUCACCGACUUUGUUCUGCGGGGUUUUCGCGAAGGCUACGGCGCGGGCCAUCCCGUGCGUAGCUCGACCAUCUCGGCAACGCUGUCCGGCAUUCGUCACUUCUUCGUGGCUGCUGGGUCCGAUUUCCCUUGUGGCCAUCCACACAUUCGCAUGCUUCUGAAGGGCAUCGGUCGCCUCGACACUCCCGUCCAGCACAAGGCUCCCAUCGCUUCGCUCAACAAGGGGAACUUCGCGUGGUUCGCACUGAAAGCCGAAGAUAUCGCUAUUCUCGACGAUAGCGGCACACCGUCGGUAUCCCCAAGGACAGCGGCGUCUGUACACAUCCGCCUCACCGGUUCUAAGACAAAACAGCGCGGCGAGCCAACACUA